CCUCCUCACCAUGUGUGUUUGACGUCAGAAACUUAGGAGGGGCUCCUCCGUGUAGCUGAUUGCUGUUUGUGGUGCUGAAACAACGGCCGUAUUGUGUUGCCAUUUAGCGAAUUUCUGCCGCUGCGUUUCUCUUGUCUCUUUCUCCUCCAACAUGUCUCUUUAGUCCGAGUCUCGUGCGAGCAGGUCACACCUGAGCUGGCGAUAAACAUGCUGUUUUAGCGGAGGUGUGCGAUGGAUCAGUAGUACAGUGUAUUAGGCAGGAGCGGUAUGGAUUCACCGUGGUGUCCCAUCCUCUUCGCUGCAUUGGCUUCCAGCCUCUGCUCCUCACCUGCCCUCGGGGACAGAAAAUUUGGUUGUCUGUUUGAAGAUGAGCUCUGUACACCGUAUGAGUUCUGCGUCAAUGACCGAGUGUUUGGAAGGUGCCAGGAGUUGGCCGGUGCAGACCUGUACACAUACGAUAUUUCUUCUUCUGCUCUGCAACGCCUCAGGAUCCUCCUACAGAAACUGGCUCACAGAGGUUUAACCUGGCAGGAUGACAUCACUCAGCAGGUCAUCUCUAGAGAGCUCUCCAAACUGAGGAAUGUCCCCCUCCGCCAUCAAACCACUCCUCCGAGCCCCCCUGACCGCCUGACCGCCUACAGCAGCUCCCGAGAUGUGAAACUGAGGCCUGCGCAGGCAGAGCUGAGCAGAAACCUUCAGCAGUACCUGACAGGUCUGGGUUUCCUGCCGCAGGCUGAGGUAGUUGGACAACCAGGAGUCCAACGGCAUGGAGCUCAGAAAGUUCAGAAUGAAGACAUCAAGUCUGAUGGUGAUUCGGAGCCCAGCCGGCCAAAACCCCAGCAGGGCUGGAAGGAAACCACUGUCUACAGCCUUCAGAAAGGAGCUGGCCAACCUCCUCUUACCAAGGUCUUUACCCAGAGCGGAGAGGGCAGGCACCCCAAGCUCAGUACAACCUACACCAACCGAGACCCGGGAAAGAGCAAGCUGCUUUCCAGCCAUCUGGAACGGCUUCUUACAGGGGCACCAGGCACUCAGCUGGGCACCCAAGGUGGAGAGGCUUCCCGGCCCAAAGGAAAGCUCCGCUACCUUAACUACAUCCGGCCAUCUCCAAGUGAAGAUGCAAAGCUGCAGUCUCAGGUGGCUUUUGGCUCCAAGACCCAGAGGCCCAAUCUAGACAGACUGCUGUUGAAGGCCGGUUCAAACCGACUGACUGCCAAAGAGCCUCUUAGUGUCGUGGAUGAGCGAUUCAUCCAGAAUGUGGUGAACCAGCUGGGAAGGCACAGCAUCAACAUGGAGGCUUUAAUGGGCAACGACCUGGACCAGCUGGCUGAGGUCAUCACAGGAACCCUGCAGGAGGUGGAUGAGGAGCAGCCCGCUGUUGGGGCCCAGCCAGGACUAGGAGCUGCUGACUCCAGGGGGGACAUGGAGGGUAACAGGGAGCCACUGGCAUCCAUGCAACUGAAUCGAUACCAGGACCUGAAAUCAGACAAAGGGCAGGAUCCAAACCAGAAAGACUCACUUAGAAUGAAACAGCAAGGCCAACAAAUAGAUGGUGCAGACAAAGAGCCUGUUGACAAGCAUGCAGCCUUCUUCUCCAAGCUGCUGGACUACCUCAACCUGGAACCCUUCGGUGAUGCUCCGGAGGGCAACAGUGGGCCACCGGCUCCCCUUCAGAAAAUGGUCGGACUGGAGAGCGUCAAGAGCCGGACGACGCAGGGUCAAGUUCCCGUACCCCGCCGCUGGGAGGAGAAGACCGUGGCUGUGCCUCCAAAGGAAGGCUCCACCCUGCGGUUAACUGGCGGCGCAGUGGGCCCCGACGCACAGGUGGACUCAGAGAUUGAGAAGUGGAUGCAGGGGAAGAAGCAGCUGGAGGAGCCGGAGAAGAAGGACAUGAGAGUCAAAACUCAGCUGGUCCAUGUGGGGGUGAAGGAGUUCUCCAGCAGAGGGAAGGACAGACACUUUGGCUACAUUAUCACCGGCUUAGACUCCCUCACCACUGACCAAGGCUUGGACCUCAUGGAGCGGCUGACGCAGAGGCUGAACCUCCACGCUGCAGACCUCACCCAGCUCUCUGUCCUGGGUCCUGCGUUGACUUUUAGAGUUGGCACCAACUCCAAAAACGUCACCACUGCGGAUCUGGUUCAAGUUGCGGUCCAACAGAAGCAGCAGCUGGAGAAGGAGACAGGCCUGAAGAUAGUGGAGGCCGGAGUUAGUGAUAGGGGCAGCCUGACCCAGAUCCCCGUGGUGAAGGAGACCAGGGUGGAGUCCGGCCAGUUCCUGCUGCUCUCCGUCCUCUGCAUGCUCUUCAUCCUGGUGGCGCUGGCAGUGUCCGCCACUUUCUUCUGCGUGCGCCAACGCUCACACCUCCACAUGAAGGAGAAGCUGGCCAGCCUGGGGACUGACACCAGCACUGAUGCCACCGCAACCUAUCAGGAGCUGUGUCGCCAGCGAAUGGCGAUCCGGACGUCGGAGCGUGUUGAGCGGCCGGAGACCCUGCGCCACUCGCGGCUCAACAGUGUGUCGUCCCAGUUCAGCGAUGGCCCCGCGGCGAGCCCCUCCACCCGCAGCAGCACCUCCUCCUGGUGCGAGGAGCCGGUGCCGUCCAACAUGGACAUCUCCACCGGUCACAUGAUCCUGUCAUACAUGGAGGACCACUUGAAGAACAAGAACCGUCUGGAGCGUGAGUGGGAGGCCCUGUGCUCCUACCAGGCAGAGCCCGGCGCCUGCAGCGUGGGGCACGGCGAGCAGAACUCCAAGAGGAACCGCUCAGACGCCGUGGUCGUAUAUGAUCAUUCCAGGAUCACCUUGAAAGCGGAGAACAACCACGGCAACUCGGAUUACAUCAAUGCCAGUCCAAUAAUGGACCAUGACCCUCGCAACCCUACUUACAUCGCCUCGCAGGGCCCACUUCCUUCCACUGUGGCGGACUUCUGGCAGAUGGUGUGGGAGAGCGGCUGCGUCGUCAUCGUCAUGCUUACGCCGCUCUCUGAAAAUGGAGUGAAGCAGUGUCACCACUACUGGCCUGAUGAGGGAUCUGAUGUCUACCACAUAUACGAGGUCAACUUGGUGUCCGAGCACAUCUGGUGUGAGGACUUCUUGGUGCGGAGCUUCUACCUGAAGAAUCUGCAGACCAACGAGACACGCACCGUCACCCAGUUCCACUUCCUGUCCUGGAUGGACCGCGGGAUCCCCACCUCAGCCAGGACGCUGUUAGACUUCCGCAGAAAGGUUAACAAGUGCUACCGGGGUCGAUCAUGCCCGAUAAUUGUUCACUGCAGUGAUGGAGCUGGCAGGAGUGGGACUUACAUUCUGAUUGACAUGGUCCUCAAUAGGAUGGCUAAAGGUGCUAAAGAGAUUGAUAUUGCCGCUACCCUGGAGCACUUGAGAGACCAGAGAGCUGGCAUGGUCCAGACAAAGGAGCAGUUUGAGUUUGCGUUGACAGCCGUGGCAGAGGAGGUGAAUGCCAUCCUGAAAGCGCUUCCUCAGUGAAGGCAUCAUACCCCCCCCACCACCACCACCUUCUCCUCGCUCGCUGAGCACCGGUUUCCUCUGCCCACUCAAGACUGACAUCCCUCUCUGCCCUUCCUUCUCCUCGCUCUGUUUCUCUCUCUUUCUGUCUCUGCCUCCUCUUCACCUCUAUAUAUACUGUAUACUUAUGAAUGUCGUGCCAGAUAUCUCACCUGGAUCCAUAUUCGCAAAUUUGGCCUCAGAGUACGGCUGUCGAUCUGAGAUCUGCGUCAUUCGGGGGAUUCGGGAGUAGGCAAGCGGGGCCUGAUCUAAUCUGAUGGAGGAACUUAGAUCAGCACUCCUACUGUGAGACUUUCUGUCAAUAUGAUCCCUGGUCCUCUAUAACUGUGAUGUUGUUCCUGAACAUACCGUUCUAGUGCCACUGACGAGAUGUUUACGUGAUGUCAAGUGAAGAUUUUUGUUCCAAAAUGAGCUAUCUACUAUGGAAAAUUGAUACCGAUGCUUAGAAAAUGACUAUUUCUCACAUUUAAAGCAGACUACAGUGGCGCUGCAAAAAGGUUGAUUAAUCACUCAGUCUAUAAAAUGUUAAAAAAAAAAAUAUAUAUAUAAAUGUUCAACUUACUGUCAAAUAUGAGAAGUCAUAUUUGAGAAGCUGGAAUCAGAGAAUAUUUGGCAUCACUGCUUGAAAAACACAUUAUUUGCCAGACGACUAUUUGAUUAAUCAACUAAUUGUUGCAUCUCCCAACUAUAGUACAUUUAGAAUAAUAAUUUGUAAAGUAAAUGAUGUUCUUGCCUGUAAAAAUCAUAAUAUUGUACAGAAUGAAUUGAUGUACCUGAUGCAUAUAGCGUUUUGGAAAUAAACUCCUCACGUUUCUCCUCCUCUGUGAUCUGAAUCAACUGCUAUAUAUACUCAGCAUCACAUGUACAGAUGUUGAAGUGUGUGUGUAUUGUUGUAUUUUGGGUCCAGACAUCUCUCUCUCUCUCUCUCUCUCUCUCUCUCUCUCUUGUAUUGAACCACAGAUGCUCUGACUCUCAAAACAAGCCUCACAGAUCAUGACUAUCGCGACAUAUCAGCUGUUUUUUACUCAUCGUUUCAUUAAUUUUUACAUUUUACACCAUGAAUUGUUCGUUACUUGAACAUCUCUGUUACUAUUAAAUGUGAAGAUUACCAACUGAGAUACUUAUUGCUUCUAUUUAUUAGAAAAUACUGUCAUCCUGUAUCAUAAUAACAUCAUAACAAUAUGAUAUAUUUAAGAAGAAUAUUGGAAUUGUAAGUUUGUUUCUCCCUCCAUCACUGGUAUAUUGUGAUAUUUUGUGCAACAUGACAUGAAAUUCCCUCAAUGUAUAGACGAUGAAUGACUUAAUGAAUCCCUCUAUAGUGCUAUCUGAAAUAUAUACUGAGAGCCUGAAUGAGAACUAUAUAUUUUGUGUGAAAAGUAACAUUCAGAUUGAUAAUAAAUCCGAACAGAUUAUACUG